AGAGAAGAACGAAAACCCUUUCCCUACAUAUCAAAAGAAAGCCAAAAAUCAGGGUAAGGCACUCUCUCUAGUUGCUUUAGCCGCAUCGUCAUAUACAAUCUUCUGCAGUUUUAGUACCCAAUGUGCAAUUCACUUCUACCAACAAGGUGUAUGAAAUCUAUACGGAUGCGAUCUUCGCUCCUCGCCGUCCAAAACCUAACUAGUCAAAGUUUCAAUGAAGCAUUUUUCAAGUGUAAAGGAGUGGAUGUUGAUACCGUGGUUCUAAUGGCUGCUAGAGCUUCACGGGUGGAAAACGAAGAUGCAAUUGAUGCUGCCAUUGCGGGGAUGUUGGCUGAUCCGAAAGAGGCGAGAGCUGGAAUUCAAGAGGUUCAUUUUCUUCUGUUCAAUCCAACUGAUAAGCGCACAGCUCUAACAAAUCUUGACAGUGAAGGCAAAAUGCAUCGAGUCAGUAAAGGUGCCCCUGAACAGGAUAAGGAUGAGUCUAUUGCAACUUUGCCUGUUGAUGAGCUGAUUGAAAAAGCAGAUGGUUUUGCUGGUGUUUUUCAUGGCUAG